GUUGCCCUCAGUGAAGCCGGAGCCGAACAUGCUUUGAUCCUAGAGCAGUUCCAUCGCAUGCCUUCGGUGGGGUUGUUGGUCGCCGAAGAACACAGUGAUCGGAUUGCCAUCACCUACGACUCUUCCGCGUCCUUGCCAACCUAUGCACUGGCCCUGCGGCGUGCCUUUUGUAGGCAAGACUACGACUUGGCUGCUAACAUCCUGGAGCGUCGACCCUUCCUGAUCGAGGAGGCGGAGUAUAUAGUAUGGGGUGACGACGGGCUUCCUCUUGUUUGGGCGGCUAAAAGACGGGAAGUCGGUGCUAUUUCUACGCUGCUACAGGCGCGGGCAUCUCCUAACAUGACGACGCCCGGCCACGCCGCCCCGCUUCUGCUCGCGGCUCGGCAUGGGGGAAUUGGAUCGGUCGCUCUACUUCUCCUGGCUCGAGCAGAUGUCAAUCACGUCGAUGCCGACGGCCUCUCCGCGCUGAGCAUAGGGGCGGCGCUCCGCUCCCCCCCUUUGGUCUCGCUCCUGUUGGAGUUCCGCGCUCAUCUGAGCACGCGGCCGGAGGUUCUUUUGCCGCUAUUGAACAGCACGUUCCAGCGCGAUGGCCUCGGCCACGACCAUUGUGAAACGUCGGUUCUGCUGCUGCGCGCAGCCGGCGGCGUUGGGCAUUCCGACGUGGUCCACAAGGUAAUUUCGGAACUCGUUCCGCGACUCCUGGCCGAGGGCAAUUGGUCCGCCAUCUUCGUGGUUCACUGCUGGGCGCGCAGUCAUUCUGAAAGAAAUCCUACGACGAGAAAUGAGAUCGUGCAUGUAGGUUGGAGGAAGAACUUCAUUCCACGGCAGGGAACCGUUUUGCUUGCAUUCGACAAGAACGAUUUGCCAGCCUUCUCAGGGAAACACCGGUUCGAUCUUGUCGACGGGGAUCGGUACUUUCCUUUCGUCUUGCGGAGCUGCUUUGGCAGGUUGGAGGAAGAAGUUCAUCUCACGGCGCCGGCCCUUCUUUCUCGGCAGGGAAGCGUUUUGCAUGCAUUCGACAAGAACGAUGUGCCAGCCUUCUCAGGGAAACACCGGUUCGAUCCUGUCGACGGGGAUCGGUACUUUCCUUUCGUCUUGCGGAGCUGCUUUGGCAGGCAGCAGGGCGAGACUUCUGCAGGGUCUCGGCUCUCUAGCCAGACCAAGCCGAAAUUUGCACUUCAUGUACAUCUUCGGGUAGUCGUGGCGCGGCCAGUCGCCAUGGCUUUGCACGGGACAUCAGAAAUACACGUUGCCGAGCAUCCCAGCGACCUGUGUGUCGCUUUGCUGGAGGGUCUGCCCAACUGGCUCGAGGCAGCUCCCAUGCUGGUUUUGGGGAGAGACCCUGCCGGGAUCGGUGUGCCGGAAUUGAAGCGCGAUCUAGGGCGCGCUUUCGGCAUCGCUCCCGUAUUUCUGCAGCUGCGGGAGACUCGACGCGAUAUCGGCGAAGGGGCGAAUUGCCCGCUCCUUUGGCAUGUGCGCUUCGUGCGGCCAGCGCUGCUUCCCUUCCAAUGGGUCCUUACCGUCAACGUCUAUCUGACGCGCGGGGACGAGAUCGAGGCCUUGGCAGUGCUUAUGCAUGACGAGGUGCCGGACUUGGCAGACGACAUCUGGGACCAGACGUUCUCGACUAUCCGACGUCAGCACUUUAAACUUAUCAUCAUGCUGAUCCUGCGAGGCCGCCUCGCCGUUGAUCAUCGGCUAUCGGCGGAAGAUGCUUCCUUCUGGCGCGCUCCGCUCCUCUCACUAACUGCGGCAGGGCCUCGAUGCCAUUUCGAAGCGCUUUUGGCACUGCGGGCAGACGUAAACAAACCCGACAGUCGUGGUCAUACCCCGCUGGUUUAUGCGGUCUUGGCAAACUCACACGCUCGCACUACGCUGCUCCUGCGGGCAGGUGCCAUGGUCGCGCCGGGCACGGGAUACUGCCCGCUCCUGUUGUCCGUGGCCAAGAGGCAGCGUCAAAUGGUGCAUAUCCUGCUACAUGCGAGGGCGUGCCCCUAUCGGCGCUCUUCAGCAGGCAGCCUUCGCGGACUUUCUCCGCACGGUCUGGCGUACCAAUGGGAUGACUCAGAGACCAUGCGGGCUUUUCGAAUCCACGGGCACCAUGCCGCCGGCCCGCACCCGGCGAUCCUGCCCGUGUCUUUUUCCUUGAGCGGAAACGAAGUUGCCCUGAGUGAAGUCGGAGCCGAACAUGCCUCCGUGCUACAGCUGUGCCAUCGCAUGCCAACGGACGGCUUGCCGUCGAUCAUGAUCUCCCGCCGGAAGAUUUCUGUUCCUGCCGUGCUCCUCUUCUUUCGAUGGCCGCGAACCGGCCUCGCGGUUGCCCUCAGUGAAGCCGGAGCCGAACAUGCUUUGAUCCUAGAGCAGUUCCAUCGCAUGCCUUCGGUGGGGUUGUUGGUCGCCGAAGAACACAGUGAUCGGAUUGCCAUCACCUACGACUCUUCCGCGUCCUUGCCAACCUAUGCACUGGCCCUGCGGCGUGCCUUUUGUAGGCAAGACUACGACUUGGCUGCUAACAUCCUGGAGCGUCGACCCUUCCUGAUCGAGGAGGCGGAGUAUAUAGUAUGGGGUGACGACGGGCUUCCUCUUGUUUGGGCGGCUAAAAGACGGGAAGUCGGUGCUAUUUCUACGCUGCUACAGGCGCGGGCAUCUCCUAACAUGACGACGCCCGGCCACGCCGCCCCGCUUCUGCUCGCGGCUCGGCAUGGGGGAAUUGGAUCGGUCGCUCUACUUCUCCUGGCUCGAGCAGAUGUCAAUCACGUCGAUGCCGACGGCCUCUCCGCGCUGAGCAUAGGGGCGGCGCUCCGCUCCCCCCCUUUGGUCUCGCUCCUGUUGGAGUUCCGCGCUCAUCUGAGCACGCGGCCGGAGGUUCUUUUGCCGCUAUUGAACAGCACGUUCCAGCGCGAUGGCCUCGGCCACGACCAUUGUGAAACGUCGGUUCUGCUGCUGCGCGCAGCCGGCGGCGUUGGGCAUUCCGACGUGGUCCACAAGGUAAUUUCGGAACUCGUUCCGCGACUCCUGGCCGAGGGCAAUUGGUCCGCCAUCUUCGUGGUUCACUGCUGGGCGCGCAGUCAUUCUGAAAGAAAUCCUACGACGAGAAAUGAGAUCGUGCAUGUAGGUUGGAGGAAGAACUUCAUUCCACGGCAGGGAACCGUUUUGCUUGCAUUCGACAAGAACGAUUUGCCAGCCUUCUCAGGGAAACACCGGUUCGAUCUUGUCGACGGGGAUCGGUACUUUCCUUUCGUCUUGCGGAGCUGCUUUGGCAGGUUGGAGGAAGAAGUUCAUCUCACGGCGCCGGCCCUUCUUUCUCGGUCUUUUCAUCUCUCGGAGGUCCUUGCCCGAUUGCGGGAGACGGACGUUGCCCGUUGCGACGGAGAGCUGAUUGGACAGGCAGGGAAGCGUUUUGCAUGCAUUCGACAAGAACGAUGUGCCAGCCUUCUCAGGGAAACACCGGUGUCUCGGCUUUUUGCCCAGGCCAAGGCGAGGCUACCUAGGAACCGAAAGGCAAGUCUUUCUCUCAUUCCGCCUGGUCUGCCCAACUGGCUCGAGGCAGCUCCCAUGCUGGUUUUGGGGAGAGACCCUGCCGGGAUCGGUGUGCCGGAAUUGAAGCGCGAUCUAGGGCGCGCUUUCGGCAUCGCUCCCGUAUUUCUGCAGCUGCGGGAGACUCGACGCGAUAUCGGCGAAGGGGCGAAUUGCCCGCUCUUUUGGCAUGUGCGCUUCGUGCGGCCAGCGCUGCUUCCCUUCCAAUGGGUCCUUACCGUCAACGUCUAUCUGACGCGCGGGGACGAGAUCGAGGCCUUGGCAGUGCUUAUGCAUGACGAGGUGCCGGACUUGGCAGACGACAUCUGGGACCAGACGUUCUCGACUAUCCGACGUCAGCACUUUAAACUUAUCAUCAUGCUGAUCCUGCGAGGCCGCCUCGCCGUUGAUCAUCGGCUAUCGGCGGAAGAUGCUUCCUUCUGGCGCGCUCCGCUCCUCUCACUAACUGCGGCAGGGCCUCGAUGCCAUUUCGAAGCGCUUUUGGCACUGCGGGCAGACGUAAACAAACCCGACAGUCGUGGUCAUACCCCGCUGGUUUAUGCGGUCUUGGCAAACUCACACGCUCGCACUACGCUGCUCCUGCGGGCAGGUGCCAUGGUCGCGCCGGGCACGGGAUACUGCCCGCUCCUGUUGUCCGUGGCCAAGAGGCAGCGUCAAAUGGUGCAUAUCCUGCUACAUGCGAGGGCGUGCCCCUAUCGGCGCUCUUCAGCAGGCAGCCUUCGCGGACUUUCUCCGCACGGUCUGGCGUACCAAUGGGAUGACUCAGAGACCAUGCGGGCUUUUCGAAUCCACGGGCACCAUGCCGCCGGCCCGCACCCGGCGAUCCUGCCCGUGUCUUUUUCCUUGAGCGGAAACGAAGUUGCCCUGAGUGAAGUCGGAGCCGAACAUGCCUCCGUGCUACAGCUGUGCCAUCGCAUGCCAACGGUGGGGUUAUCUGCCGAAGAACACAGUGAUCGGGUUGCCAUCACUUACAACUCAUCCGUGUGCCCGCGGGCCCACGCAUCGGCCUUGCGGUGUGCCCUCAGUGGGGGCGACCAUGACUUGGCAGCCAACAUCCUCGAGCGUCGUCCUGACCUGAUCCAGAUGUCGGAUUAUCGAGCGUGGGGUUUUAACAACCUUCCUCUUUUGUGGGCGGUCGAGCACGGGGAAGCUGGUGCUGUUUGUACGCUACUACAGGCACGGGCAUCUCCGAACGUGACGCGCGGGUCUGCUGCCCCGCUUCUUAUUGCGGCUCGACAGGGAGAUCUUUCGUUGGCCGCCAUGCUUCUCCUAGCACGAGCAGAUGUGAAUCUUGUCAGUGCCGACGGCCGCUCCGCGCUGAGCAUAGGGGCAUCCUUCCGCAAUCUUCCUCUGGUCUCGCUUCUCUUGGAGUUCCGUGCUCAUGUCAGCCCACGCCCCGAGGUUCUCUCGGCGUUCAUGGCUGAUGGCAACUGGAAAGCGAUCUUCGCGAUUCAGUGCUGGGCGCAGUCGCAGUUAGGUCUCCAACCGAAGGUUGGCUCCGACCGUUGCUUUGCCCUGGCUUCGGGGUCCUAG